AUGCUCCGUCGGCGAAUUGCUCGGCAUGGUCGCCAAAGCUGGGGAAAGUCCACCACCGAGUUGCGCGAACCGAGCAGAGAAAGGCCGCUGCGCCGCCGUCACAAGACGCUCUCUUCCCCCACGCGCACGGGCAGCACCUCGGUUCAGCAACGCCUUCAGCAACGCCUUCGGCUCCACCACCCCUUUGGCUCGGUCAGGGCAGCCCUGACGCUUCGACCGCUCCCCCACACCCCGCACGGCAAACCCUUAUACAAUGCUGUCACUUUCAUUCCAGCUUUCCUCCUUCCAUUCUCCACGUCGGAUCACAUCACAUCUCGAUCGCUUCUUGACUCUACCCGCUGGAGUCUCUCCUCCUCUCCUCUUGCAUCUCAUUGCCACUCGGACACAGCAAGCAUGGCGCCUGGACAGGUGGAACUGCGCCCAACGGCGCGCAACGGCGGCUCGGACAACGGCGCCGAGCCAAAGCUCAACAAGAUCAGCUCGUUCAUCACGCAGUCGGCCGACAAGGGUGCGGCGCAGUCCAUGCUGCACGCAUGCGGCUUCACCACCGAAGACAUGAACAAGGCUCAGGUCGGCAUCACGUCCGUGUGGUGGGAGGGCAACCCGUGCAACACGCAUCUUCUCGAAUUCGGGCGCAAAAUCAAGCAGGGAUGCGAGGCGGUGGGUCUGGUGGGACUGCAGAACAACACCGUCGGCGUCUCGGACGCCAUCACCAUGGGCGGGCCCGGAAUGCAGUACUCGCUCCCCUCGCGAGAGCUCAUCGCCGACUCCAUCGAGACGAUCACCCUCGCCCAACCUACGAUUAUCGUAUACGGCGGAACGAUCCAGCCGGGUAAGCAUGGUAUGGACAUGCCUGGCCUUGGCAGGAAGAAGGGCGACCCGUGCAAUGUGGCGGACAACUUCGAGGCGACGGGCGCGUACAGCAAGGGCUUGAUCACCGCCGAGCAGCGUGCGGACCUCAUCCGUAAUGCCUGCCCCGGCCCCGGCGCGUGCGGUGGCAUGUACACGGCCAACACGCUGUCCACCGCCAUCGAGGUGAUGGGCAUGGGCCUGCCUUUGACCAGUAGCACCCCCGCUGUCUACCCCGAGAAGAUGCAGGAGUGCCUCCGUGUCGGCGGCUACAUGAAGAACCUGCUGGCCAAGGACAUCAAGCCGCGCGACAUCAUGACCAGGCAGGCGUUCGAGAACGCCAUCACCAUGACACACAUCAUGGGCGGCUCGACCAACGCCGUGCUCCACCUGAUCGCCGUCGCGCGUGCCGCCGACGUCGACAUUACCAUCGACGACUUCCAGCGCAUCGGCGACAAGACGCCCAUGCUGGCAGACAUGAAGCCAUCAGGGGCCUACUACAUGGAGGACAUUCACAAAAUCGGGGGCCUGCCGCCGAUCAUGCGAUACGUCCUCGACAACACAGACCUAUUGCACGGCGAUGUCAUGACUUGCACGGGCAAGACGCUGCGCGAGAACCUCGCCGACGUGGAGCCGCUCGACUUUGAGUCGCAAGACAUCAUCCGUCCGCUCUCGAACCCCAUCAAGGCCACGGGACACCUCACCAUCAUGCGUGGCUCGCUCUGCCCCGGCGGCGCCGUCUCGAAGCUCACUGGCAAAGAAGGUCUGACGUUCGACGGUACGGCCGUCGUCUUCGACUCCGAAGAGGGCAUCACCGAGGCCAUUGCAGAGGGCCGCGUCAAGGAUGGCAACGUCGUCAUCAUCCGCUACGUCGGCCCCAAGGGCGGGCCGGGUAUGCCCGAGAUGCUUGGCCCCACCGGCGCGAUCAUGGGUGCUGGCCUGGGCAAGACCGUCGCCCUCAUCACCGAUGGUCGCUUCUCGGGUGCCUCGCACGGUUUCUGCACCGGCCACGUCGUCCCCGAAGCUGCAGAGGGCGGACCGAUCGCGCUGGUGCACGACGGCGACCGCAUUACUAUCGACGCCAACACGCGCGAGAUCAACCUGCACGUCGACGCCGACGAGCUCAAGCGUAGGAUGGACACCUGGGUCAAGGAGAAGAAGGGCAAGACGCUCAAGGUGAAGAGCGGAUGGCUGUACAAAUUUGCGCGCGACGUGCAGAACGCCUCGGAAGGCUGCAUCACCGACCGCGACCUGUUCUGA